AUGAGCGAGGCUAGAACGGUUUUAGGCGCUCUCAAGGAAUCUGGAGCAGCAAUGUUCGCUCAAUCGCUCAAGCCUGACAAUAUGAUACCUAGUGUUGCGAGAGCUAUCGAGAUUAACGAAUCUGGAGACGAAGAUGAGCGCAGGAAACGCUUUCACACGCCACGAAUGGUCUCAAAUAGCGCUCAUUUCGCAUACACAGUACCCGAGCAUCGUCCUCAUUAUAAGCCAGUCAUCACAUCGCAAAAAGCAUUGGAUCAUCUUGGUUUAAAAAUGGACCAGGAGCUCAUGGAUUUGCUCAACGGCGCCAAAACUUUUGUUGAUGAUCAAAAAGGCAUCUUCCCUUACAGUAUGGCGUAUGCUGGGUUUCAGUUUGGGCAAUUUGCCGGACAGCUCGGUGAUGGUCGAGUUGUGAAUAUUUUUGAUAUCCCAGACAAAAACGGUGUAUUGCAGACAUUGCAACUUAAAGGAGCAGGACUGACCCCUUUUUCACGUUUUGCCGAUGGUAAAGCAGUUCUCAGAUCUAGUAUUCGAGAGUUCAUCGUGUCAGAGGCACUUCAUCACAUUGGCAUCCCCUCCACCAGAGCUCUUCAGCUCACCGGUCUGCCCGAAACUAAGGCUAUGCGGUCCGUUUACGAGCCUUGUGCCAUCUAUUGUAGAUAUGCUCCUUCGUGGAUCCGUCUGGGAAACUUCGAUCUGUGCCGCUAUCGGCAAAACCAUCAAAGUUUAGUUCAACUAUCAGACUUUUGCAUCGGUGAAGUCUUCAAAAAUGGGAAGGAUUUCCCUAAAAGUGUCAGUGCUGAGACUUUUAAGCAUGAUUUUUUUCCAGAUCAAGACGAAGAAGACUCCUCCUCCAACAAACCAGCCCUGCAAAACAUCGAGAAUGCUACCAAAUAUGAAUUAUUUUUUCGCCAUGUUGUGAAUCUGAACGCUGAAUCAGUCGCGUACUGGCAAUCCUAUGGGUUUCUGAAUGGUGUUUUAAAUACUGACAAUACCUCGAUUCUGGGCUUAGCAAUGGAUUUUGGACCCUUCAGUUUUUUGGACAAAUUUCAACCGCAAUACACGCCGAAUCAUGAUGAUGUCGAAAAGCGGUAUUCUUUUGCAAAUCAACCGACUGCAGUGUGGUGGAAUUUGACCAAGUUUGCACAAGCACUAACAACUUUGAUUGGUGCGGGACCGAAGCACAUCGACAAUAUUGUCAACAAUGGCCUUGAUGAAAUCACCGAUGAAGUCAGGGAUGACAUAGUCAGUCGAGCCAAUUCGGUCAUCCUUUCGGCUGGAAAUGAAUACAAAUUCAGAUUCACAGUCAACUACGCGCGGAUAAUGUCUGAAAGAUUGGGAAUUGACCUAGAAAUCCCUCGCCAUAUCACAAAUGAGAAUUUACACAAGGCUGCUGAUAAGGCCAGGGAUUUCAACAAGACCAUCUUGGAGCCUCUUCUACAGCUACUGUACGUUUCGCAGGUUGAUUACAACAACUUUUUCGUCAAAUUGCAAGGUUAUCAGGGGACUUUCAUGGUCCAAGAGGGUGAAGGCUUUGACAGCAUUGACCCAGAGCUGCUCAGUAUCUUUUUCAAUGAAAGGCAAAUCUCCAAAUUAAAGAAGCACGCAGCUGGGGCUCCUGAGUCUGAUUCAGGCGAAACAAGAAUUCUGGCUGAGUCAGCAGAGACAUUAGAGACCUGGAUCCAUGAUUACACAGCCUUGUUGUCGCCCGAACCGGAAUCCAGAUAUCGCAUCGCCAAAAAAGUCAAUCCUCUUUUCACUCCGAGAGCAUUCAUUUUCGAGCAAGUCAUCGAAAGCAUCACUGACAAGCAAAAGGGUAAGUUGGACGAUCCUAAGGCCUCUAUUGACAUGUCUUAUCUUCAGAAACUUUACAACAUGAGCGUGAAUCCUUACGACCCUACGAAGUGGGAUGACAGUUUACGGCCAGAGGUCGUUUCAAGCUGGACAACGCAUGGCGACGACGACUCAAAAUUUAUGAAGCAGCUGUCAUGUUCUAGCUGA